AUGCCCAACACAGCCGCCCCCCCGCGCAACGAGCCCGUGGGAAACAAACGCUUCGCAGACUUCCACCUCGGCGGCAAAGUGUUCGUCGUAACAGGCGGCGCAAGAGGCCUGGGCCUCGCCAUGGCAGAAGCCCUCGUCGAGGCAGGAGGAAAAGGUAAAUCCACACGCCGACACGACUCCCCGUGCAGAGCACCACUGACAACAGUCCCAGUCUACUGCCUGGACAUGCAGAAAGAACCCGACCAGGAAUGGACAGAAGCCCAAGGCCGCGUCGGCCCCGAAUGGGGCGGAUCCCUAACCUACCUGCAGCAGGAUGUCCGCGACACCAAACACCUCGAGGACACGAUUGAGCAAAUCGCAGACGACAACCGGCAGUUGGACGGCGUCGUCGCCGCCGCGGGGAUAGUCCAGACCACGCCCGCACUCGACUACAAGCUCGAGGAUGUCACCAGGAUGCUUGCCACCAACUACACGGGCGUCUUCAUGACGGCUCAGGCCGGGGCCAGGGCCAUGAUCAAGUACAGGUGCCGCGGGAGCAUAUGUCUGGUGGCGAGCAUGUCGGGCGUGGUGGCGAACAAGGGCAUGUUCUCGCCCGUGUACAACUCGUCCAAGGCGGCGCUCAUCCAGUUGGCGCGCAACCUGGCCAUGGAAUGGAGUCCUCUGCGCGAAGACGGCAGCGGCGGGAUUCGAGUCAAUUGCCUGAGCCCGGGCCACAUCGAAACGCCAAUGGUCCGGGAGCUGUUUGAGCGAGAUGGCGAUUUGAGGGAGAUUUGGACCAGGGAGAAUAUGCUGGGCCGGUUGGCCACGACGAGCGAGUUCAAGGGUGCCGCGCUGUUUCUGAUCAGCGACGCGAGCAGCUUCAUGACGGGGAGUAAUCUUGUGCUCGAUGGGGGGCACACGGCGUGGUAG